UAAGGCUGGCAUGCACAUCAGAUCAUGGAGACCAUCUUAUAUUAUAGAAGAAGAAACCAAAGCCCAUCUUGGGAAACUGACUCCUUAACUAGUGUUAGAAAACAAUACAAAGCUACCAGUCAUCUGAUGAAUCCAUGCCCAGCAGUGAGGAAAAGAAUUGGUUAUCAUGAAACACUUUAUGGUAUCCAGUCAGUUCGCUGCUACUCCCAUGGGUCACAUGAGACAGAUGAGGAAUUUGAUGCUCGCUGGGUGACAUACUUCAACAAGCCAGAUAUUGAUGCCCAGAAAUUGUGUAAAGGGAUGAACACGCUUGUUGGCUAUGAUCUGGUUCCAGAACCCAAAAUCAUUGAUGCUGCUUUGCGGGCAUGCAGACGGUUAAAUGAUUUUGCUAGUGCUGUUCGCAUCCUAGAGGUUGUUAAGGACAAAGCAGGACCGCAUAAGGAAAUCUACCCUUAUGUCAUCCAGGAACUUAGACCAACUUUAAAUGAACUGGGAAUCUCCACUCCAGAGGAACUGGGCCUUGACAAAGUAUAAAUCCCAUCGAUAGGAUUCCCAAGGAUUUACUGAUAAUACUACUUGAGUGUAAACAAUCUCCUGGAAAUACUGAUGACAACAUAUUACCUUAUUUGAACAAGUUUUCCUUUACUGAGUACCAAACCAUGUC